AUCACACGUCAGAAUCACAUACAUGAUAUGAUAUCUAUAAAAUACUUUAACACAACAAAUAAUCUCCCAAUAUCGGUAGUGUUCAUUGCUAACGAGCACACACCCGACACACAGACACACAAACAUCAUCAUGAUGAUAAUGAGCCUUACAACAUCAUUACCAUACCCUUUUCAAAUCCUACUAGUCUUUAUCGUCUCCAUCGCAUCAAUCUCUCUACUGGGUCGAAUUCUAUCAAGUCCCACCAAAAGCAAGGACCGAUAUCGCCAGCUCCCUCCUGGCCCAAGAGGAUGGCCUAUCCUCGGCAAUUUACCGGGACUAUUCAUGACUCGUCCUCGUACCAAAUAUUUCCACCUUGCCAUGAAAAAGCUAAACACGGAUAUCGCAUGUUUCAACUUCGUCGGAGUCCGCGUCAUCACCAUAAGCUCCGACGAGAUCGCUAGGGAAGCUUUUAAAGAGCGAGACAUUGAUUUGGCAGACCGGCCUAAACUUUUCACCUUAAAGAUCAUCUUUGACAAUUACAAGUCAAUGGGAGUCUCAUCGUACGGUGAACAAUUCAUGAAGAUGAAAAAAGUGAUCACAACGGAAAUAAUGUCCGUUAAAACGUUGAACAUGUUGGUAGCUGCAAGAACCAUUGAAGCGGAUAAUCUCUUGGCUUACGUUCACUCGAUGUAUCAACGGUCCGAGACGGUCGACGUUAGAGAGCUCUCGAGGGUUUAUGGUUACGCAACGACCAUGAGGAUGCUGUUUGGAAGGAGACAUGUCACGCAAGAAAACGUUUUCUCGGAUGAUGGGAGACUUGGAAAAGCGGAAAAACAUCAUCUUGAGGUUAUUUUCAACACUCUAUACUGUUUGCCGGGUUUUAGUCCCGCGGAUUAUAUGGACAAAUGGUUUAAAGGUUGGAAUAUUGAUGGUCAAGAGGAGAGUGCGAGAGUGAAUAGUAAUCUUCUUCGUAGUUACAACAAUCCCAUAAUCGAAGAGAGGAUCGAGUUAUGGAGGCAAAAAGGUGGUAAGCCUGCUGUUGAAGAUUGGCUAGAUACCUUCAUUACGCUAAAAGAUCAAAGCGGAAACUACUUGGUCACGCCUGACGAAAUCAAGGCUCAAUGCAUUGAAUUCUGUAUAGCAGCGAUCGAUAAUCCGGCAAAUAACAUGGAGUGGACACUUGCGGAAAUGUUAAACAACCAGGAGAUUCUCAAAAAGGCUCUAAAAGAGUUAGACGAAGUAGUUGGGAAAGACAGGCUUGUGCAAGAAUCAGACAUACCAAACCUAAACUACUUAAAAGCUUGUUGCAGAGAAACAUUCAGGAUUCACCCAAGCGCUCAUUAUAUCCCUACUCAUGUUGCCCAUCAAGAUACCACCCUCGGGGGUUAUUUCAUUCCCCAAGGUAGCCACGUUCAUAUAUGUCGCCCUGGACUGGGCCGGAACCCUAAAAUAUGGAAAGAUCCAUUGGUAUACAAACCGGAGCGUCACCUCCAAGGAGACGGAAUCACAAAAGAGGUUACUCUGGUGGAAACGGAGAUGCGUUUUGUCUCGUUUAGCACUGGUCGACGUGGUUGCAUCGGUGUUAAAGUCGGGACUGUCAUGAUGGUUAUGAUGUUGGCUAGGUUUCUUCAAGGGUUUAACUGGAAACUCCAUCAAGAUUUUGGACCGUUAAACCUCGAGGAAGAUGAUGCAUUAUUGCUUAUGGCUAAACCUCUUCUAUUGUCCGUUGAGCCACGCUUGGCACCAAACCUUUAUCCAAAAUUCCGUCCUUAGGAAGAAAAAAGUAAGAUUGUGUGAAAAUAAAAUAAGAAAACAAAGAAGAAUCAAACAAGACCCCUUGUUUUUUUUUCUCUGUUAUGUUGCUUAGUUGUCCAAUGUUGUUUACUGUCGAUCUUCGUUUGUUGUUAUCUUUUUUCUUGUUAUAUCUGUCACUUCAUAAUAAAUAUGCGAUCAAACA